CUAAUCUUAAACAUUUUUCCAUCUCUCUUCUCCGACUCUUCCUAAAUCCUACUCUCUGCUCUCUAAUUAUCUUCAUCUUCAUCUUCUCAAAUUCUCUUAUUCUCCGAUAUAUUACUCCGUAUAUAUCUAUUUAUAUUAUUCAUCUACUUAUAAAUACAUAUAUUAUAUUACUUAUAUUUCUUAUCUAUUUAUAUAUUAAUUAUCUAUUUAUAAAUACAUAUAUUAUAUUACUUAUAUAUUUUUUUUAACCCGGUCGGUAAACCAUCAAAAUCAGUGGGACAAAUGUCGGGGAACAUUUGCCGGAUUUUAUAACCUCAAAACUUGCGUAUAUAGAAGAAAAGGGGGACCAAACCAAUACCUUUUCUGAACACAAAAACCAAACAAUUUAAUCGAAAUGUUAAGAAAAAAUAUAAGGAAACGAAAUAGAGUCCAAAAAGAGGAUUCCACGAAAUGCAUCUGGGACCGGAUCAUUAGCCCUCCACUUAAACGGCCCAUCCCAACCCAUCUUAGCAACCCAAUCAGCUGCCUUGUUGCAUUGUGCUGGAACCGACCCAAAUUCGCUCAACAAAUCAAACUGGGCCGAGAGGCCCACACACCGCCCCAUUAACUCCAUAAAAACAACUUCAGCUUCCAUCGGAAGCACCUGAACCGACACCGCCCACUCUAAAGCUUUCCUAAAAACCUCUUCGAUGCCAGACAAACCAACCGGAGAUUCGCUUAACGGAAAGCCUUCGCCGCCACCGCAGCUCCAGAGUGGUCUCGAAGCAAGAAACCCACCGUUGACCUUCCAUUCUGCCUGAAGAUCGCCUAACUUAGCUUCAACUUACCUAUAUCUAUACUUAUUAUCUACUUAUAUCUACUAAAUACAUACAUAUUACAAUUUAUAUCUACUUAGUUCGAAAUGUUAGUACAUUUUAGUACGAAUUAGUACAUUUUAUAUAAUACUUUGAUUGUUAGUACAUAAAAUAACUAGUACAAAAAACUAGUUAAUUGUUAGUUUUAAGUAUUUAUUAAAAAAUACUAUUGAUUAGUUCAAAUAACUAGUACAAAAAACUAGUUAAUUCAUUACUCAAUUAAACUUAGAAUUUUAUUUCAUUAAAGUUAGAAUUGUUAGAAUUUUAUUUCAUUAAAGUUAGAAUUGUUAGAAUUUUAUUUCAUUAGUUCGAAUUGUUUUUAUAAAUUAAUAUUUGUUACAUUUUUAAGAUGGAAGGUGGUAGAUAUUCGGUUGAUAUGGGUAACCUCGACCGCAACCGAACGAACGAGCUUGCGAGGACGAGAUCCCGCAAAGGUAAAUCACAUAUCUGCUCUUCAUCUCAAAGCCGAGAUGAUUUUGAUACGGGUUACGCAAGGAGGGAUGGGGAUGCGAUGACCGACAAACAACAAGAAUAAGAAUUGCACCGACAUAAUAGCCGCUUUUUCCAAGACCAGCCGAGGACCAUUGACAAAGUAGAGCUUGAGGACGACGAUGUGGAGGAAGUAAUUCCGGAGAGCCACGACGCCGACGCGGAGGAGGGUGGCGGCAGCCACGACGCCGAUGACCUGCCUCAUCCUAAACCGGUCCGAAAAAAAGUAAAUUUGAACUAAUGCUUAAUAAUUUUGAUAAGUGGAAGGACCCGAACACCGGGAAUUGAAACGCAACUUGCAAGUGGUGCAAGAAAAAUUAUAGCUUGAGGAUUUCCAGCGGAUACGGAUCCACCGCAAGGCAUCUUAAGGCCAAACACACGAUGAAGUAUGUAAAAUUAGGUGGCGGAACGGGGAAGCAAACUCGAAUAUCGAGCUUUGCAAAUAACCAACAACCGUUUGGUAAUUUCUCAUACAAUGAUGCACAAAAUUUGACUGGUAUGGCUAACUUAUUUGUUGAAGAAAAUUUGCCUUAUUUGUUUUCUGAAAGUCUUGCUUUCAAAGAUUAUGCACAAACUUGUUUAAAUCCGCAAUAUAGAGGUUAUAGUCGCAAAACGGUUAAGAAAGAAAUUGCAAGGCUUUAUGGUGCGGAAAAGGUAAGGUUACAAAAUUAUUUUGCAAACUUUGAUGGGCGUGUUACUGUAUGUUCUGACAUAUGGGAGGAUAUUUAUCAUAAUUUACAUUAUUUGGGUCUGACUGCACAUUAUAUUGAUAAUGAUUGGAAUAUGCAUAAACGCGUUCUUGCUUUUCGUGAAUUUAAUGAUCGUCACAUCGCUGAACGUAUUUAUAUUUUGAUUGAGCGUAUUUUAAUUGAGUAUAAUUUGAAUGAUAAGGUGUUUGCUAUUGGUUUUGAUAAUGCUACUAAUAAUAUUGAUGUUCUUCCUAGAUUGCGUGAAUUGUGUGGUGCUACUUCUUUGAUGGGUAGAUUCUUUCAUCAACGAUGUGCAUGUCAUGUUCUAAAUUUAUGUGUGCAAGAUGACCUAAAAGCGUUAGGAGAUUCUAUGGAGAUAGUCAAGGGGGAUUAGACGUAUUUUAUGGUAUUGCAUUUGUGUAACACCGUCCCCAAUUGUAUUUACUUUUAUGUAAAUCAUGUAUUGGAUCUUAUGAUCUGGUUAAUGAAUUUACGGAGUUGUAAAUUUUUAGUAUUUAUUUUGGCGUGAAUAGUAAAUUUCACGUGGGGUCCACACCGGGAGCGGGGCCCACACGAUAUUUCUGGAACCACAUAUUAUAUUUCAUCUUGGUCUAGAUAAUAUUUAUAUGGUGGUAGAUAUUUU